AUGACAACAGAUAGGUCUUCACUUAGCAACCCUGGGAGGACAGAUGAAGGUGGGCUCAUUCGAGACCAGAACUACAACUGGUUUAUAGGUUUCAUCCGUAAUAUUGGGAUAGCUAUCGGUGUGGAUGUUGAGUUGUGGGCUCUCAAAGAUGGGUUAACUAUUUGUAGAGAGUUAAAUCUAUCAGCUGUUGAGAUUGAGAUUGAUGCUAAAGUUGUCCUUGGGUGGGUUUCAGAUACCUAUAACUGUAACUUACACCAUGCAGCUCUUAUUUUGGAUUGCAAGACUCUUAUCAGCCAGAUUCCUCAGGUGAGGAUGAACCACUGUUUCCGUGAAGCAAGUAAGUGUGUGGAUGCCCUUGCAAGGAGAGGAUCGGAGUUGGAUCAAGAUUUUAUUGUUUUUGAUAGUCCAACUAUGGACAUUGUUAUGUUGCUUUAUUAUGAUAAGUUGGGUGUGUACUAUGAGAGGCUUUGCCCUUAA